UUCACAGAACGACAGAACUUAGGAGUGGCUUUUAAUUUUGUUCUGCGAUUUUAUGUUUUCAUCUGUGAUCUGUCGUUCUGUGCCACUCUGUGCUUUGUUUUGAUUUGACAAUUUGAGGUUAGAUUCGCUUUCUUUUCAAAACUAUUUUAAAUAGUUUGUUUAAACAGGUUUUUUUAGUGCAACAGCAACUAUUUUGAGAAUUGUGGUUGACAAAUUUGUAAAGGUUAUAAUAAUUGUUAACUGUUACAAGAAACAGGAAAAUGGCAACAAAUAUUUGUAUGGAUAUGAACAAGAACAUCAAAGAGCUUAUAGCAAAGAUUUCUGGUUAUGAAGAGGGAACUGAACCAUUCAACCAAAUCUACAAAUAUUUUGUAACCCAGAUUAAUAAACAUAACACUAUGUACUUUUUGAAUAAAAAGGAGGUGGAUCAAAACAUAUCAGGAAUGGCAGACAAAUUCAAUUUCCAUGGAUUUCCAGCUCAAGCUGAAGCAUUACUCGAAACAUACAACAAUUAUACAGCAACAAGUUUAUCAACACCAGAGUUAAUGAAUAGACUAAAUGUGGUCAAAUUUCUGUUGUGCAUGUCUGAAAGGCCCACACAGAAGUUUUUGGAGAAUCCAGAAAGAUAUGUUAUACAUAGAGAAGAAAAAAGGGCUGAAAUAAAUUGGGCACAGUAUUUGAGAGAGGGUAUUGAAGACUGGGCUCCUGCAUAUGAAAGCAGUGAUUCCUCAAGUUCCUUCGAAGAAGAAGCACAAAAUACAGAAGUAAAAGGAAAUUCUCCACAACUGCCAUUGAUAAUUGACCAAAUUGUAGAACCAGAUGUAGUAACAGAUUUUAGAACAUGCAGAGAGCAACUGUUAAAUACAAUCCAACAUACGUGGUAUAAUGUGGGAUAUUAUUUUGAUGCUCCAUAUAGUGAUCACAAGGAAGCAAAUUUAGGUCUCUUAUGGGAGAGAUUUUUAAAAGAACAAACCAUGGGACUUGUUGCCAUACAGAAGUCAACAAUUCUAUCAGAAUACAAAGUUAUAAGGGAAAUAUUGUGGCAGCUAUUUGUUCAGCAUGAUUCUGCUGUAUUCUAUUUUGAGGGAAAUGAACUGAAACCCAGAUAUGAUGUUACCAUCUCAAGUAUGCGCUCAAAAUGCUUUCACUCUUUUUUGGAAAAACAAUUCAUGCCAUACAUAAGAAUAAUGGAAGAUUUCCGACAAUUCUUCAAAUCCAUGGGAGUUAUUGUAGAUGGUUAUUAUUCAGAAUCAGCUCCAGAUACAUAUAGAAGUUAUGCUAGCUGUUUAGAGAAUCUUAUUGGGCCCAUAAAGAAGAAAUUGGUUCAUCUUGAGGAGACAGUUAGAGAACAAGAAUCAACAUAUACUUUGAUAACUCUUGCCACUGACUUGAAAGAAAUAUUUGAACCAAUUCUUCUACUACACAAGAUCCACACAGAAGUAGUCAUAAACAUGGACUCGCAUAGCAACCUGGAAUGUGCCAUCAUUCUCAUAUCUCGACUGCACAACAGUCUACAGUGCUCAGUAAAUAACUUGGAUCAGAAUUUAAGGCUGACUUUAUUUUUGGAGAGCCUCUACCACUACUUUACCAUAGUGGAUUCUUGGUUGAUGAAGAACGAAUUUGUGGAUUACACUGGAGAAUUUCCCAUUGCAUGUUCAAGUGAUAUUGAUGGUGAUAAUCAUGAAAUACAAGAAUCGGAGGUGAAUCAAGCAGCACGCUCCAGUAUUUCAGACUCAUCUACCUAUAGUCAUAGGCUAGGUUUUGGGGUAAAUGAUGAACCAGUAUUUUGUGAAGAGAGUGGCAUUAUCAAAAUUAUAAGGGAACAUGCUCUUCAGAUAGGAAGAAAUUUACAUUUACUCAGGAUUCUAGGAAAAUACUCGCUUUUAAAAGCAUAUGAUGAAACUAUUCAUGAAGAAUUCAUACGAAAAUCUCUAGAAAAGCUUGGCAAUUUUUUUAACAUUGACAUCAGUGAUAUUUCAUCAAAAUCUGAACCAAGUAAACUUCUCGAUAUAGAUCCAAGGUACAAAAACCCAAUCAUACUGGAUGGGCGUGAUAAAGAUUUUUCAGACAUGGAAAAAUUGGAAAACCUUGUCGAUAUAUCGGAUGGCUUUCUAAUGGCCGCGUUUGAGGACUUUUUCAUAGACAAACCUACUCAAGACGAACACCCGGGAUUUAGUUUGUUUGAGAAAGUGUCUAAAGUUACUCCAAGUUUCUUCCCAGUAAUAAACUUUUUUGAAAAAAUCUUCAAAGAAAUCCUGGAUGAAAGGUUUACAGUGUCUGGACUUGUUUUGAAGGAGCUGUUGGUAGAGAAAUAUUUGCUGGAGAAACAAUUAGAGUUUUUACGACACGUGUACCUAUUCUUUGAUGAUCUUAUAUUUCCAUUUUAUAAGAAGCUUUUUGAGUAUACCAGUAUGCCAAAGAAGAGCUGGGGCAACGUUUUGAGACUGACGUCAAAUCUUCGCGACAUACUUGUGGAUAUUUAUCCAGAAUUUUACCAGAAAUGUUCAGUCUUUGUUGGAGAUGGGUGGAUGUUGAAAGCUGAUCCCCUAGAAACUUGUGAUAUGGUCAAAAUCAAGUACGAGAUAGAGUGGCCUUUGAAUAUUGUGAUAGAUUCGAAACAGAUGGAGCUUUACAAGCAGGUGUUUCAGUUCAUACUGAAGCUUAAGUGGGGGCUGUACACCGUCAAUCAUUUAAUGUUUACUGAGGAAUGAAUAUCAAUAUACGAAUUAUUCAGUAAGCUCCAAUGUCACUCCCCUACGACAUAGCCGAUUCGGAUAAAAAUGGUAUCAAUAUAUAGAGCCAAAGAAGAGACACAAAUGGAAAAGUAGCACUACAGUUGCAUGUAAAUUGAAAUAUCUGAGGUUCUGUCUAACAAACAUCUUGAACAGCAUCCAGCACUACGUAUUUUCUUUUAUAUUACUCAAAAACCUCCAAACAUUUGAGCUGGAAUUCACAAAAGCAUCUGACUUCUUAACCAUUGUAUCAUCUCAUGCUGACUUUGUGAAUGAAACUUAUAGCAUGAUCAUGGAAAUCAAUGAUUCUGGAACAGCGUUUAGUGAUCUUCUGUUAUGUAUAAGGUACCUGAAAUCUAUGUGGACAAAUCCAAGUCAGAUUACGUUAGAAAAGCUCAGCGACGCGGAUAGGCUGUACACUAGCUCAUAUAAUUCCAUAAACCCCAUAAUUUCUCCUGUUUAUCUAUAGUCUAUAAUAUUGGUGUCUAGAAAAUAUUUUCUGAAUGUUCCCUAAUUAUUUAUUUUUAUAUGUUUUUUUUCUAAUAAACAAUUGUUUU